AUGGAAUCAGCUCCAAACUCUCGCUGGUGCCCCAAUCCCAACUGUGGUCGAAUUGUCAAACUGGGCAAUCAGACAUCCGUUAUAGAUGCAUCUUUCGAUGUGACCUGUGAUUGUGGACAAGAAUUUUGCUGCUUAUGUCUCUCUCAACCUCACUGGCCAGCCACUUGUAGACAAGCAGAAGAAUACCGGCAGAAACUUAGGAUUCAUAAGGUCCCACAAGAACCUGCCGGUGGCGCCUUCCCAACAGACAACCCUUCUGAACCUCCUCAGCUGGAAAGAAAGAACGCUGAAGUAAUGGAAAUUGAAGGCCGCGUUUGUCCACGCUGUAAGAAAUUCAUCGAUAAGAACGGUGGCUGUACUCACAUGUCCUGCAAAUGUGGCUUUCAAUUUUGUUGGGUGUGUCUUAAGGAAUGGGUUGGCCACAGUAUCUGUAAGCCCAUUCCUUCCGUUGUCUUCGAGCACACUCGAAUGAUCAAAGUCAACCACAUCGCGAUACCACAGAUCUCAAUCAACGAGACAACAGCCAGCAAGCAGCCUAAACCAGUCAGAUCUCGCCAGAGGACAUCUAUGUACCAGAAAGCCCUGCAACAGAAGGGGGAAGCCAGUAACUGCAAAUAUCACGCCAAGAUCGUUCAGAUGGUCAAAGAGUUGGCACGUUUGGGGCAGAAGGAUCUCAUGGUGAAAACAGAGAUUCUUACUUUGUGCGGCGCUGAAGUCAAAGACGCCACGGAGCCCAGCCUCAUGAACACAACUUUCACGCCCCACGUGACGAAAUUCCUCCGCUCCUGCGUGGAGGUCAAGCGUGCCCUACAUCACGUGACAGAGUUCACGUUCGUGCUAGCACAGGACAUUCCCGACUCCACGGACAGGAGAAGGAUCCUCAAGCUGGCCGAAGAUCUCAGUAGCUACUGUAUCUUCGUCAAGUCCAUUUUGGAUUUAGGCCCUAACCAGGAUGUUAGGGUGGCUGUUAGGCGACUUGCUGACAUCCAGGCGUGGUCGAGGAGGACGCUCACCGUGCUUCUUGGAAGUGUCAAACUGAUUAGGUUUUAA